AAAAUAACAUGUUAGUGGAACAGUAACUCUCAGUUUUUCCAGCCAGGAUGCCCCCUCAGUCAGAGGCCAGUGCAGGAAAGCCAGAGAUUGAGCCAGGGGUCCCACGGCUCUUCACCUGGGAGGAGGUGGGGCUCCGCACAGGCAAGGGAGACUUGAAGGAAGAGAGAUGGCUGGUCAUUGACCGAAAGGUUUAUGAUGUUAGUCAGUUCUAUUUGCGGCAUCCAGGUGGGCCUCGUCUCAUCAGACACUAUUCUGGACAAGAUGCCACGAAUGCCUUUGUAGCUUUCCACAAGGAUGAGGAUCUGGUGAAGAAAUAUUUGAAUUCCCUCCUAAUUGGAGAGCUUGCCCCAGAUCAACCAUGCUGUGAGCCAACAAAAAAUGAAAUGCUGAUAAAGGAUUUUCAUGAACUGCGUGCAACAGUAAAGAAGAUGGGGCUCUUGAAGUCAAGAUUCAGCUUUUUUGCUUUCAUGUUUCUGCAUGCUUUCAUACUAGACAUUGCAUCUUGGUUUACUAUCUGGUAUUUUGGAAAAUCCUGGAUGCCUUUCCUCCUUGGAGUAGCAAUGUUCACCAUUGGACAGAUCCAGUAUGGUUUUCUCCAGCAUGAUCUUGGCCAUCUGUCAGUCUUUGAAAAGCCCAAGUGGAACAGAGUAGCUCACUUCGUGGUAAUUAACAUUCUUAAGGGAAUACCGGCAAGCCAAUGGAACCACAUGCAUAACCAGCAUCACGCCAAACCCAACUGCUUCCGCAAGGACCCUGAUCUCAACUUGCACCCGCUCUUUUUCAGCGUGGGGAAGAAACUUUCCUUGGAGCUUGGAAAGAAGAAAACGAAGUAUAUGCCUUACCAGUACCAACAUAAUUACUUUACCUUCUUUGCCCCAUUGAUGUAUACAAUUGGUGUCCAACUGGUUUCCUAUUUCGGUAUAUUUAGAAGAAAAAAAUGGUUGGAGCUGUUUAACACUCUUUUCUAUAACUUCCGUGUCUGCCUCAUGUAUGUUCCUUUAAUGGGAUUUAAGAGCUUUAUGGCUUACUACUGGUUAACCAGGUACUUAGAAGCUGCAUGGUUUAUCUGGGUCUCACAGAUGAGCCACAUUCCAAUGAAUAUUGACUAUGAUCAGAAUUUAGAUUGGUUCUCUGCCCAGCUUUCAGCAACAUGUAACGUGGAUGAAUCUCUAUUCAAUGACUGGUACACUGGGCACUUGAAUUUCCAGAUUGAACAUCAUCUUUUUCCAACCAUGCCUCGACAUAAUUAUUAUAAAGUGGCUCCCCUGGUGAAAUCCCUCUGUGCCAAGCAUAACAUUAAGUAUGAGUGCAAGCCCAUACUCACUGCUUUUGCGGAUGUAUUCCGCUCCCUGAAGGAAUCAGGAAAGGUCUGGCAUGAUGCUUAUUACAAGGAAUAUGUCGAGCCCCAGCCAGGACUCGCCAUCACUGGGGACCUGGGGCCAAUUGGAGCGCCCACCUGAAUGCCUAUGACGGUGGGGACAGCUCCACACAGCUUCCCGGAGCUGAAUUACCGGCACUUUCCCAUGACGUUAUGGCUGCGCCAUCGGGAUCAUCACGGUGCUCAACAGCUGAUGUGGGGAGGGGGAAUUUUGAAUGCCGGAUGGUAGUUUAGGAGCCGGGGAGGAAAUAAAUAGCACUGCACGGCGGUUGUGUGUAGUGCUGACUUAAACCCCGUGAUCCGGCUCAUUCUGUUCUUCUUGCUGUGUUGCUGCUAAACCUUGAUUAAACUAUUGCCACUUGA